AUGCCCGGGGCCAGGGACGCGCUCUGUCACCAGGCGCUGCAGCUGCUGGCCGAGCUCUGUGCCCGGGGGUCCCUGGAGCACGACAGCUGCCAGGAUUUUAUCUACCACCUGCGGGACCGUGCCAGACCCCGUCUCCGCGACCCAGAUAUCUCAGUGAGCCUGCUGACCCUUGUGGUCACUGCCUGUGGCCUGGCUCUCUUUGGCGUGUCUCUCUUCGUGUCUUGGAAACUCUGCUGGGUUCCGUGGCGAGAACGAGGCCUGUUCUCUAGUAGCAAAGACAACAACCAGGAGCCUCUUAACUACACGGACACAGAAACCAAUGAGCAGGAGAACAGUGAGGGCUUCCUAGACCCUCCCAGCCCCUGCGGCGACGCUUCCAUGAAGAUCAGCCACACCUCCCCUGACAUCCCCCUCUCCACCCAGGUCGGGGGCCAGGAGCACUGUGCUCGUGGCACCCGCAUGAAGCGCCAAGUCACAGAGCCAGCCUCGUCGACUCGGCAUAAUUCAAUCCGAAGACAACUCAACCUGUCAAACCCGGACUUCAAUAUCCAGCAGCUUCAAAAACAGGAACACUUGGCUGGAAUUGGUCGAAUUAAACCAGAGUUAUAUAAACAGAGGUCAUUGGAUAAUGAUGAUGGGAGAAGGAAUAACAGCAAAGCCUGUGGUAAACUGAACUUUAUUUUAAAAUAUGACUGUGACUUAGAGCAGCUCAUAGUGAAGAUUCAUAAAGCUGUCAAUUUGCCUGCCAAGGACUUUUCUGGGACUUCAGAUCCUUAUGUCAAGAUCUAUUUGCUUCCUGAUCGGAAAACAAAACACCAGACUAAAGUUCACAGAAAGACCCUGAACCCUGUGUUCGAUGAAGUGUUUUUGUUUCCUGUUCCCUACAAUGAACUCGCAGCCCGGAAGCUUCACUUCUCUGUGUACGACUUUGACAGGUUCUCUCGCCAUGACUUAAUCGGCCAAGUGGUGGUGGAUCACUUCCUAGACUUGGCUGAUUUCCCCAGGGAGUGCAUCCUUUGGAAGGACAUCGAAUAUGUCACCAAUGACAACGUGGAUCUCGGAGAGCUGAUGUUUUCCCUCUGCUAUCUGCCAACAGCUGGCAGGCUGACCAUCACUGUUAUAAAAGCCAGGAAUUUAAAGGCAAUGGACAUAACAGGAGCAUCAGAUCCCUACGUGAAAGUCUCACUGAUGUGUGAUGGCAGACGGCUGAAGAAGAGGAAAACGUCCACCAAGAGGAACACUCUGAAUCCUGUUUACAACGAAGCCAUAGUCUUUGACGUCCCUCCCGACAACAUUGACCAAAUCCACUUGUCCAUAGCGGUCAUGGACUACGACCGUAUAGGUCACAAUGAGAUCAUCGGCGUGUGUCAAGUAGGCAACAAAGCUGAGAGGCUGGGCAGAGACCACUGGAGUGAAAUGUUGUCGUAUCCUCGGAAGCCCAUUGCGCACUGGCAUUCCCUGGUGGAGAAACGAUGACUGUGGGUAAGAGGACUGCUUUGCCAAGGCACAGCAGGACAACCACCUUACAAAGAUCUUAAGUAACGCUCCCUAUCCAACAACAUCCGGACGGCUCCAGUGACCAAAUGCUCAGCUGUGACCACAGCAAUGACUGGCCUUCUUUCCAGACUGGGUUAGAUGAACAUGAAUGGUCCCACUGUCUGCAGAUGGUGUGCUGCAGGGGAAGCACAUCUCUCAUGGCCAAGCAUCAAGAUCAGACUAUGGAAGAAACCAACUGAUACAGCGAGAAGACUGAGAGUACCCUGAACGCCAGGACUCGUAGUGAUGGGGUGACAGCAUCUACCCUGGCAGUGCCACACGGCAAUGAUGUUAUUUGCUUGAAUGCCCUGGAAGGACAGAAUAUUUUAAAAUACAUCCAGGUGCUAAAUAGGCAGCAGAUUUAAUUCACCUUUGAGCUAACAACUGUCUCCAGAAAAUAAUUUCACCCAGAGAGUGCUCCAGCUUUGCAAGGAACAGCCCCAGGAGUGUAACAGGAUAAGCAGGCUGUUCCCCUGGGGAACAUCUCAUGCAAGGAGGGCAAAUUCAUAGCAAAUUCACUGCCCCAUCCCAUGCACAUGGCAGCAAGUAUCGGUGGAUCAUGGCUCUCUCUUCUGCUAAACCCAGAUUCCACGGAGUCAGAAUCCCCAACACUGUUUUAUAGAUAGCCAGCAGCCACUUCCUUCCACCCUGUGUUGGCAUUAGAACAAAAGUUCCUUGUCAUUCCUGUUAAAGAGGCAUCCAUCUCAGUGGCAUAAGCAUUCUGGAAUACCCUUCCCCAGACACAUUGGUCCACUGAGGGCACAGCCUCAGAGACAGAUGUACCAUUGUGCGAGCUGAGUUCCUGGAGAGAUAAGCAGUGGUUCCCUGACUGAAGGCACAACUUUUGGGCUUUCGUGGCCUGAGUGCCUCCUGGGGUGUGUCCAUAUGCAGCAGCCCAGAGGCAUAGCCUUGGGUAGCCACAGACAGGUUUUCUUUUCACUUCCAGACACAUAUAUCACUUUCAUAGCACUUGGGGAAUAGAAGUACCUACAAGAGUGAAGGUCAAGGGCUCUCCCCAGGUACCUCAUUCACUACUACACUUCCUUUGCGCCCAUAUCAGCCAACCCACUGCCAGCUGCAUUCCUCAUCCUCAUUGCUUCUGCCACCAUAUAAAUGAAACCAAAGGCCUCAGCACGCCCAGGGAGGGAAGGUCCUCUCCCUCCCAUGAGAGGUGCAGGGUACUCCAUCCACACGUUUUCACCACUUCUCCAAGAAAACAUUUCCCUUUUCAUACAAGCCCUUUGCAGCAGAGUCCAUAGUUGGAUUGUAGUUUAUUUACCUUUCUGGCAAGCUCAUUAUCUUCCUUUGAAUUAGCAUUUCAGUGUGGGACUAACUGGGUGGAAACAGGAUCAUCACAAGUCUUCAGAAAGUUCGAGUUGCCACAGCUGCCUGGUAUUAGAAACUACCCUUGCCCUGGCCAGUGUGGCUUAGUUGGUUGGAGCAUCGUCUCCUAAACCGAAGGCUCGUGGGCUCAAUUCCCAGUCAGGGUAUAUGCCUAGGUUGCAGGUUUGUCCCUGGUUGGGGCACAUAUAAGAUGUUUCAUUCUCGCAUCAGCGUUUCUCUCCCUCUUUCCCUCCCUCCCUUCCCCCCUCUCUGAAAAAUUCAUCUUCUCCUCGGGUGAGGAUUUAAAAAAAGAAAGAAAGAAACUACCCUGAUGUCAGAUCUAGAAAGGACGGAGGCCUUUGGUUGUGUGUCGCUAUGACUAUACUCCGGUUCCAUGUGUUCCCCAGCCUGCCUAAUUCAUUUCCAUCUCUAAUCGACUUUCAACCUCCAGGAUCCAAAGGGGAUCCAAGUUUCUGCCUGUGCCUGAUGACAUGAGAAGAAGGCAGCUUUCUUUGCCAACUCUCUCUGCCUCUUCCCAUUCAGACAUCCUUCACCGUGUCAGUGUUUAGGACCAAAGCAUGGGAGACUAGUGCCAGCAGGAUAGUCAGCAGAAGUAGUUUCUCCAGAGCCAGGCAGAUAAGCCCAGAAGAAUGGUCCCAGAUAAACCAGACUGGCCCAGAUAGGUAUCAGACAGCCGUCCCAAUAAACAUUGACAUGUCCUUGGCACUAGGAGCCUGGGUAGGAGAUCCUGCAUCAGCUCUGCCUAUUGCUCCCGUUCAUGAUCCUCCUGCCCAGAGAGCUAGCAGCCCUGGGGUACUAAUGAGCAUGCUUCUGGUUUGUUGGUAUGAAACAGAAGGUGGCUUUGUAGGGGCCAGCAGGCAAAGAGGCCUGCCCCCAUGGCAGGCAGGUGGCUUUGGGUCUGGAAAGCUUUGCCUAGCCAACCCAGCUGGGGCCAGAGGCCAGUUAUAAAUCUGAACUCCCUUAGCCCA